AUGCUUCUCCAAGGACAAGGUGUGUGCGACGAGGCGUGCGACAAUGUUUACGACGAGGCGUGCGACAAUGUUUGCGACGAGAGACGACAGAUCGACUCACCCACAUGCGUCGAAGCGUUUGCAGGAGGGCCUUGUGUGGUCACAGCGUUUGGGCCACGUCGCAGCGGGUGGACGCGCAGCCUGGCGGAGAGCAUCGAGGCGGAGGCGGCACGACCUGAGCACGGCACGCCAGUGCCUCCAUUCUCUCCCCUCACUCCUCCCCCUCCCUCUCCCCUCCGUCCCCCCUUUCCCCCCCCUCCCUUUUCCCGAUCCCAGGCGCAGCGGGUGGACGACGGCGUGGCGCGCAGCCUGGCGGAGAGCAUCGAGGCGGAGGCGUUCGCGGCGACGCAGGCGCGCGCGCAGGAGGGGGGCGCGGCGGUGAAGGGCAGCGCGCUGGUGAUGAUGUACGCGCGGCACGCGAGCGAGCUCAUGGUCGACGCGUUUAAGAAGGAGCGGACGAAGGGGGGAGCGGGCGCAGCUGUGGAGGGAGGCGUUGAAGAGUUUGACAUCUCUGGCGGCAAGAGGGAGGCCUUGACCAUGGAAGCCGCGGAGAAGCUUCUCGCGCCCUUGCUCAAGCCCAACAAUGGCUGCAAGAAGGUGAAGCUCAGCAGCAAGGCGUUCACGCUGGAGGCUGCUGACGUGGCGCACCAGGCGCUGACCAAUGCGCAGGACACGCUGACGCAUGCUGACCUCAGCGACAUCAUUGCCAGCCUACCGGUGGGUGGGAGGAAGGGAUGGAGGAGGGGAAGGUGGAGGGGGGCGAGGGAGAAGGAGAGGGGGAAAACUGACUGUGCCUGUGCUUGUGUCGGAUUAGGCCCACAGCAGGUGAUAUCGAGGGCGCAUCAGCGCUGGAGGGCCGAUGGCUACCUGUGUUUCCUAUCAAGGCGAACCCAACAUCUGCACGCUGUUUUUGUGCCUGUGCCCAUAGCUGUGCCUGUGCCCAUAGCUGUGCCUGUGCCCAUAGCUGUGCCUGUGCCCAUAGCUGUGCCUGUGCCCAUAGCUGUGCCUGUGCCCAUAGCUGUGCCUGUGCCCAUAGCUGUGCCUGUUCCCAUAGCUGUGCCUGUGCCCAUAGCUGUGCCUGUGCCCAUAGCUGUGCCUGUGCCCAUAGCUGUGCCUGUGCCCAUAGCUGUGCCUGUGCCCAUAGCUGUGCCUGUGCCCAUAGCUGUGCCUGUGCCCAUAGCUGUGCCUGUGCCCAUAGCUGUGCUGUGCCUCUGUGCCUCUGUGCCUGUGCCCAUAGCUGUGCCUGUGCCCAUAGCUGUGCCUGUGCCCAUAGCUGUGCCUGUGCCCAUAGCUGUGCCUGUGCCCAUAGCUGUGCCUGUGCCCAUAGCUGUGCCUGUGCCCAUAGCUGUGCCUGUGCCCAUAGCUGUGCCUGUGCCCAUAGCUGUGCCUGUGCCCAUAGCUGUGCCUGUGCCCAUAGCUGUGCCUGUGCCCAUAGCUGUGCCUGUGCCCAUAGCUGUGCCUGUGCCCAUAGCUGUGCCUGUGCCCAUAGCUGUGCCUGUGCCCAUAGCUGUGCCUGUGCCCAUAGCUGUGCCUGUGCCCAUAGCUGUGCCUGUGCCCAUAGCUGUGCCUGUGCCCAUAGCUGUGCCUGUGCCCAUAGCUGUGCCUGUGCCCAUAGCUGUGCCUGUGCCCAUAGCUGUGCCUGUGCCCAUAGCUGUGCCUGUGCCCAUAGCUGUGCCUGUGCCCAUAGCUGUGCCUGUGCCCAUAGCUGUGCCUGUGCCCAUAGCUGUGCCUGUGCCCAUAGCUGUGCCUGUGCCCAUAGCUGUGCCUGUGCCCAUAGCUGUGCCUGUGCCCAUAGCUGUGCCUGUGCCCAUAGCUGUGCCUGUGCCCAUAGCUGUGCCUGUGCCCAUAGCUGUGCCUGUGCCCAUAGCUGUGCCUGUGCCCAUAGCUGUGCCUGUGCCCAUAGCUGUGCCUGUGCCCAUAGCUGUGCCUGUGCCCAUAGCUGUGCCUGUGCCCAUAGCUGUGCCUGUGCCCAUAGCUGUGCCUGUGCCCAUAGCUGUGCCUGUGCCCAUAGCUGUGCCUGUGCCCAUAGCUGUGCCUGUGCCCAUAGCUGUGCCUGUGCCCAUAGCUGUGCCUGUGCCUGUGCCUGUGCCUGAGGAGGAGGCACUGCAGGAGGAGGAGGCACUGCAGGAGGAGGAGGCACUGCAGGUGAUCACGAGGGUGACAUCAGCGCUAGAAGGCUGCAACCUCGAGUCACUCAACCUCUCAGACAACGCGUUUGGCGAGAAGGGCGUGCGGGCUGCUGCCGUCGCCCUCACCUCUCAGCCAUCGCUGCGCCAUCUCUACUUCUGCAACAACGGCAUCAGCAAGGAGGCAGCAGGGGCUAUAAAGGAGCUGCUGCCCGCACAGGCGGUGGCAUCUCUGGAAACACUGCACUUCUUCAACAACAUGUCAGGUGAUCCGGGUGCCGCCAUUCUGGCCGACGUGGUGAGGGAAGCGAGGGGGCUCAAGGACUUCCGAUUCGCGUCCACUCGUGUGGGGACAGAUGGCGCCAGGGCACUGGCUGACGCCAUCGCUGCCAACUCCACUCUGGAGCGCCUGGACCUGAGAGACAACAUGUUCGGCCCUGAGGGGGGCGCUGCUUUGGCAUCGGCCCUGCAGCACCACCCCAACCUGAAGCAGCUGAUGCUGGGGGAUACUGGUGAGUGGCAAUGCGUGGGUGUUGGCGGGUCCAGUGUUGAGGGAGAUGUGCGGCACUGUGAUGCUGCUCUCGCGUCCGCCCUGCAGCACCACCCCAACCUGAAGCAGCUCAUGCUUGGGGAUACUGAGCUGGGCGAUGACGCGUGUGGCCGAGCUCUUAAACAGAGCUGGGUGAUGACGCGUGUGGCAGAGCUCCUGGACAGCCUCUCUGUACACCUGUUCCCACGUGUGCCUCUCUGUACACCUGUUCCCACGUGUGCCUCUCUGUACACCUGUUCCCACGUGUGCCCCCCGUUCUCCUUCUUCCUUCUCCCCCACACUCCCCUCCCUCCGUCCCCCCUCCCCCGCCCAUACAGCCCUGGGCGAUGGCGGGCGCUGGGCGAUGAUGGGGUGGCGGAGCUCCUGGACAGCCUCGCCCAGUCCACUCCGCAACUCGAGCUUGCGGUGUGCUGCAGCAGCCUCGCCCAGUCCACUCCCCAACUCGAGGUGCGCAGCGCGCUGGUAGAGGGUAGUGGGGGAAGGGUGGAGAGGAGGGGGGACAAGAGAGGGUGGGCUAGCUUGCGGUGUGCCGCAGCAGCCUCGCUCAGUCCACUCCCCAACUCGAGAGGGGAAGAGGAGAGGAGGAUGAGAGAGGAGGGAGGAGGGGAGUGUUGGCUAACUCGAGGUGCGCUGGUAGGGGAAGGGGGUACUGGGGGAGGGUGCAGGGACGGGGGUAGAGGGCGGAAGUUGGAAGGGAGAGGGGAGAAGGUGGGGCAGCUCGAGGGGCAGUGCAGCAGCCUCGCCCACUGCUUAACUCUGGGGGGAAACGACUGCACGGAGGAGGGAGGAGGGCGGAUUUCAGAGUGUCUGAGCCGUUGGAUUGGAAGUGCGAUGCAACUGUGUUUCCUUGUUUCCUCCCUCCUCGUUCUUCCUCCAUGUGUUGAAGCCGGGGGAAACGAGCUGACAGAGGACGGAGCGGGGCGGCUGGCGGCGAGUUUGAGCUGUUCAGAGUGUGGUGCAACGGUCGGCUGUUCAGAGUGUGGUGCAACAGUCGGCUGUUCAGAGUGUGGUGCAACAGUCGGCUGUUCAGAGUGUGGUGCAACAGUCGGCUGUUCAGAGUGUGGUGCAACAGUCGGCUGUUCAGAGUGUGGUGCAACAGUCGGCUGUUCAGAGUGUGGUGCAACGGUCGGCCUCUUUCUUAACCCCUUCCUCACUUCCCCCACCUCCCCACCUCCCCCUCCCCGCCUCCCCUCCCCACCUCCCCCUACCCCACCCCACCCCUCCCACCACCAGGUGUUGGAGCUGGGCGGCAACGAGCUGUCGGAGGAGGGAGCGGGGCGGGUGGCGGAGAGUCUGAAGCCGUUCAGCGCAUUGAGGAAGCUGGUGCUGUGCGACAACGAGAUGGGGGAUGCUGGCGUUGAGACCCUGGUCAGCAUUAUUCCCGACCACCUACGGUCCCUGGAAGAGCUGGACCUCUCCACCAAUGAUUUCGGCCGAAAGGGUGCGGAAGCUGCCGCCCGGGCAGUCAAAGAUUUGGAGUCGUUCAAGCUGCUCACCAUCAACGGUAACCACAUCCCUGUUGAUGGAAUCCGGGCAGUUAAAGAAAUUCUGGGCGUUCCGAUCGAGGAUGGGGAGGAGACAGACGGUGGCAAGGGUGUUUUGGGGCCGUUGGAUGAGAACGAUGAGGAGGGGGAGGAGGAUGCGGAUUAG